AGAGAGAGAGAGAAAACCAGGAACCUCGAAGGCCAAGAUGACAGGGUUUGGCUCUCCUUGCGGAGCAUGCAAGUUCCUCAGGAGGAAGUGUGUAAGGGGCUGCAUCUUUGCCCCAUACUUCUGCCAUGAGCAGGGCGCUGCCCAUUUCGCGGCCAUUCACAAAGUCUUCGGAGCGAGCAAUGUCUCGAAGCUCCUCAUGCACCUUCCGGUCGCCGACCGGUGCGAGGCUGCGGUCACCAUCUCCUACGAGGCUCAGGCGAGGCUCCAAGAUCCCAUAUAUGGCUGUGUUGCUCACAUUUUCACUCUCCAACAACAAGUUGUGAAUCUGCAAGCACAACUGGCUUCUCUCAAGGCCCAAGCAGCAGCUCAAGGCUGUGCCACUGCCUCCACUUCCACUUCCACCUCCACUUCCAGAGAAGAGAAGUUGAACAACAAAUUCCCACCUUACCAACAAGAUGGGCAGGGUUUCUUUCAGGGUGGGGACUUGAGGACGAGCCAAGCUUUGGUUUCAGAUCCCAUGAUGAAUCCUGAAGCCAUGUUAAGCUAUGGCAAUGAGCUUCUGAUCAACCCUAAUUUCUUCCAGUCUUCUCAGGAAUGUCACCCUCAUUCAUACGCGACUGGAGAUCCUAUCUCCUUCUCCGCCGGCGAUAAUUAUUCUUGUGCUAUGGCCUCUCCUGACAUGCAAGCGAACACCCGGAGACCAGCAUAUCACGACAUGGAGGACCUUCAAUCGGUAACCUUUGCCUAUCUUCAUCAUGCAUGAGAAGGCAGUGCAUUUGAAAGAAGAUGAUCCAUGGCAAUCUAUCAUCAAAAAUUUUGUUAUUAGUUACUUCAGAUAUGUAUCGAUCGACCUCCUGGUACAAACUAUAAUUGCACCAAAUUUAUAAUAAGCAAGCGAAUUCUAUGCGACGCUCGAUAAUGUGUGCUAAUUAUGUACUAUAACUAUGUAAAAAUGUAAAGACGAAGUUCAUUCAUGCCUAUGAUCUAGAUAUUUUGGACUUAAUGAUAAAACCUUAAUUAAUAGAGCCCUAGGAUUGAAUACCCUAGCAAUCAAAUGCUAAUACCUUCUUUAUAUCUAGUUGCUAGAGGGCAUAGAUAAUGGCAUGCAACAAAAAAAAAA